AGCUUCCUGCCUUUGCAUCUGCUCAUUAUGUAGCUGAAGAGCUGAGGACUGGAGCCACGCAGCUCAGAACAGCUGAGCUGUAUCCAAACGCAGCCGGAGAAGGUUCCCUGUUAAGUUGAGGAAUCGCCCCUCUCUUCACCUUCACAGCAUCCCUGUCAGAGAAGGCCUGGACAGAGUGAUACAGUGUAAAGAAAUCCUCUCAGAGAGGCCACUGCUGACACCAUGACCCACACACUCUCUCCAGAGAGCAAGCACUUCAUUGAGAACAUCUGUGAAUAUCUCCACCGCGCAGUGGACGAAGAGUGUCUGCAGAUUCUGCUGACUCAUGACAAAGUCUGGCAGAUAUUCACAGCAGAAGCUAAACUGUCCAGUUAUGAAGCAGAGAUGCUUCAUGAUGUCCUGUAUGAGCAUACGAUGAUCUUGACCGCUGAAGAUAGAGACAAACUCCAGAGAAACCUGUGGGCUAGGAACAAGUUUUUGGAAAUGUUUCCUCAGGUGAAAACAGAACUUGAAGAAUGCGUACAAAAGCUCCAUGCCCUUGCUGACCAGGUUGACCAGGUACACAGAGAUUGCACCAUCUCCAGUUCGGCGACCAGCUCCACUGGCACUGGCUCCGGUACCAGGACCCUCCUUGGCCUGGCUCUGACACCCUUCAGAGUAGGAAGUAGUUUCCUGCUCUCAGCGGCUGGGCUGGGGCAGGGAGCACUGACUCCUGCAGCCAACCCUGCCACUAUCAUGAGAGAGCAACGAGGCCCAGGGGCAGCUGAAGCUGAAGCCAGACACCUCAUGUCAACCAGUAAGGAGAAAGUGAAGGAGUUUGUAGACGCCAUGAAUAAAAUUGAACCCAGAGUUCCUCAUGCCAGCGUCAACAACCUGAUAGAGGCAAUAAGGCGCUGUGGCAUCAAGCGAGAGAGAGCUUACUCUGACUUAGUAGCUGAUGUCAUCCAUUUCAUUACCAGUUGGGGAACUGCCUCUCAUCUGGUACAGCAAAUCAUUGGAGCCAUUGUCCUAGCGGUGAAGAGAGUCGGGAUCACGGGUAUGGUCACCACAGUCUUCUCUCUAUUGGGAGAUUUGUACCAUACUGUGCAUGACUCAAGGGAUUGGCAGGAGAGUACAAGAGCAGCAGAAGAGCUGCGUAAGAAGGCCAACAUGCUGGAAAGGAAGCUGGAGGAGCUCACUGAGAUCCAUGAGAGCUUGAGAUCUGACCUGACUCAGUGACCCCUUCCCCAAGCACUGCAGAUGCAAGGGCAGAUGUGCUGGACAAGGGAAGGGGCAAGUGGAGGCAUUAUAGCAGGGAGAGAAAAGGGGUGAGAUCAAGGCGUGUCUUUGGCUGAGCAUGCUAACACAGGGGUUAAUGAAAAUUCUAAGAGAGUUAAUAGAAUCCUGGAUAAAAAUCCACUGAUCAUCUCAAGUGAUGUUGUAGCAGUUGAUACAUUUUGUCAACUUGGCUUAAUUGGCUCCAGCAGUUCUGGGCAUGGGGGGGCCUCCCCCACCCUGCAGGCGGGCAAGGCCCAACUUGGGGUGCGAUUGGUUCCACCCUCAGGCCAUGAGCAGCCCCAGAGUGGCUCAGCACAAAAAGUGUAUAUAAAGGAAUUGAGGAAGGCUUCCACAGCCCUGCCCCGCUUCGGAGGAGAAGUCCCA